UAGUCUGAAGUAUCAUUUGAACUCGUAUGGUGUUACACCGAAAAUUUUUGCUUCAAAAGUGCGACAAUUUCUUUGUUUAAAGCUUAUUUUACAUUGUUUCGCUUUUUAUUGCGAUGUCGGCUAUUAAUCCGAAUCUCUCUCCGCAUGCAGUUAAGGUCCUUUCUUUAGACCAUUCAGACCUUUAUAUGAGGCGGAUGAAAGAGGAUGGUCCAAAGAACACAACAAAGUUUCAUGGUGAUUAUGGGUAUCUUGAUGACAGUCCUGGAAAGAGGGUUGGUGAGGAAAUAAGCAAACCAUCCCCACCCAGGUGUCGAGUCAAUAAUAUGUCGUUGAGUAAUAUGUCCUGCUCCCGUUGUGGGGAAGGAUUCGAGCCAAACGAGAAAAUAGUCAAUUCCUCUGGAGACUUGUGGCACACCCAAUGCUUUGUCUGUGCCCAGUGCUUUAGGCCAUUUCCAGAUGGUACGUUUUAUGAAUUUGAAGGGCGUAAAUACUGUGAACACGAUUUCCACGUUCUCUUUGCACCAUGUUGUGGACAGUGUGGGGAAUUUGUGAUUGGGCGAGUUAUAAAGGCAAUGAAUGCAAAUUGGCAUCCUAGCUGUUUUCGGUGUGAAAACUGCAACAAAGAGCUGGCUGAGCUUGGUUUUGUGCGUCACCAGGGGCAAGCUCUCUGCCACGAGUGCCGAGCUUAUGCCAAAGCCUCUGGAAACAAUAAGCACACCUGCUAUAAAUGCCAUGGCCUCAUCGAUGACAAGCCUCUUAGAUUUAGAGGAGAAGUGUAUCACCCGUAUCACUUCAAUUGUACUCUAUGCGGUAUUGAAUUGAACUCGGAUGCAAGGGAACUUAAAAGCCGCCCUGGAUACACUGCAAACGAUAUGAAUGAGCUGUAUUGUUUGAGAUGUCAUGACAAAAUGGGUGUUCCCAUCUGUGGUGCUUGUAGAAGACCGAUAGAAGAGCGGGUGGUUACAGCUUUAGGCAAACAUUGGCAUGUUGAGCAUUUUGUCUGUGUGAAAUGUGAAAAACCAUUCUUGGGCCAUCGCCAUUAUGAGAAGAAGGGAAUGGCUUAUUGUGAAACACAUUACCAUCAAUUGUUUGGUAAUCUCUGUUUUGCCUGCAAUCAAGUCAUCAGUGGUGACGUUUUUAUGGCGAUGAACAAAGCAUGGUGUGUCCACCACUUUGCAUGUUCGAUCUGCGAUCAGAAGAUGAACCAGAAGACAAAAUUCUACGAGCUUGACCUGAAGCCAGUUUGUAAAAAGUGUCACGACAAGCUCCCGCACGAACUGAAGAGAAGGCUCCGGAAGGCUCUGGAAUACGCGCCAAAAACAGCAGUUGCCUAGCAGACAGUAUGCGACCUGAUUGCUGAAAAAUGCCAGUCACUUCGCAAAGGAUCAUCAAACUAAUAUAAUUAAAACUAAUUAAUUAACUUUUAAAAAUUAAUAUUUAAAUAUCUCAAGAUCUGUCGUUUGUUAUAUUUUAACUUUAUAACAAGACCACUGGUGUUAAUUUCUCUUGUCAAAGAGGUGCUGUUUAUCAGUUGAACAUUAUUACAUGAAUUACUAACAAGAAGGUACAAUUUGUUAUGAAAAAAAAAAAGUGAGGUGGUUUAAACGGGUAUUAUUACAUUGUCUGAUGGACAUGAUAUAAAUUCAUUAUAAAAUAGUAUUAAUAUUGAGAGAAAAAAUUUCCAAAAUGGACUGAAAUUUAUAGUCAAUAGAAUGUUUAUAGCAAGUGUUUAAACCAAAUUAUUAUUGUACUAUUCAAAUCAGUAGAAAUU